AUGCAAGAGAUACGAGUCGGACAGCUUGAUGCCGGCGAAGUCAGCUUCGACGCCACACUUGACGGCCCCACUCUGACAUUACCAGAACGCCUUACCGACGACAUCUCUGGCGGCGCGUAUGUCCUCGACCGACAGAACUCGCUCGAGAGCGAGAAGCACCCCCAUGACGACACUGUUGGCCUGUCCAACACCACGAUCCAGCGCAUCUUGAGCAGCAUGGUCAUCAUUGUUCCGUGCAAGAACGAAGCUCCCGAGACCGUUGAGGGCGUCCUGUCGGGGAUCCCAAACUCAUGCGUCGUCAUCCUCGUCUCCAACAGCGCCAGAACCCCAGUCGACCGCUACGAACAAGAGAUCCAGAUGCUCCAGAGAGUAUGUCACCGGACACAACGGCGCCGAGCCUUUGCUAUACACCAGAAGGAUGAAGGAGUAGCUGCGGCGCUGGACGCGGCCGGCAUGGUUGGGCUUACGGACCCAGCCGACGGCAAGAUCUACAACGGAAAGGGGGAGGGCAUGCUCCUUGGCGUGGCCUUGGCAGCUGCCGUCUGCCCAGACAUGCAAUAUGUCGGCUUUAUCGACGCCGACAAUCAGGUGCCCGGCGCCGUCCACGAAUAUUGCCGCAUCUACGCCGCCGGCUUCGCCCUAGUGCCGACCAGCCGAGAACACGCCAUGGUCCGCCUGCGGUGGGCAUCCAAACCCAAGGUGCGCGACAACCAACUUUGCUUCGACGGCGAGGGCCGGAGCUCCAUCUUUGUUAAUGCUUGGCUCAACCGCCUCGUCAAGACCCUCAGCCGCAGAGCCGACAACAAGGAGACCCACAGAGCCGACAGCAAGGAGACCAACCUCAUCGUCACGGGCAAUGCCGGCGAGCACGCCAUGAGCAUGGAGCUCGCCCUCAAGUUGCGAAUGGCCGGCGGCUACGCUGUCGAGCCCUUCCACUUCAUUGACCUCUUUCAACGGCAAGGCGUCUUCGCUAACCAAGCCGACAAGGACAGCAACUACGAGGCCAGCACCCAUUACGAAGACAACAACGGUAUGUCAACAAAUACGAAGCCAUUAUACCAGCGCCGCGACCGGGCCCCUCCCAUCGCCCCGCUCAUUACCUCCUCAGCCCACCGUAGCCUCGAGAAGCCCGUCUGCAUCCUUCAGAUCCGUACUCUGAAUCCUCACUUCCACCGCCCGUCCGACGCCCAACACAUCCGCGGCAUGCUCGAGUCCGGACUAGGCGCCAUCUACCAC